AGGAAAGAAAAUUUGAACGUCUAACCCGCCUUGGUUUUUUCGGCUCGUCUCUAUGAUGUUUUUCGUUUGAACAUCUGAGAUGUUUCGUUGCGGUGGAAGUGAGUAAGUAUAACCUCUGGUCGCUGUUCUAGAACAUUUGCUGCAGUAUUUAUACAUAGAUUUACAUAGAAAUUAUACACUAGCGCUAGCGCCGGCGCUUAGUUAGUAGUAGAUAAGUACUUGAUUGACACUGACUUUCCUUUCCUUUCUCUAGUUUUUGUUUGUUCUCUUUCUAGUGAGGUGCUCCACCAAAAGUAUUUACAUAAGACACUAGAGUAAUACGAUAAUUUUCACCUCGAUGAUUAUCACUAGAGUAAUACGAUAAUAGUACGCAUAGGCAUAGUACGCAUGAUGCGCUAAGGGACUAGAGCUAGACCACCAGCCAUAAGAGAAUAUUACAAGAAAAGCGCAUUUGCUUUUUUACGCUCCGCCGACAGAAUAGAAUAGAAUUCAGAGGAGCACAAAAUGUCGCAGGGGUCUCCACCUCCAUUCUACUUUGUGGUGAGUCGCCACGGUCCGAAGUGCACUGGCGUCCCGGAUCCGCCUCUCCACGAUGCUUUCAUCGAACCUGAGGAAGCUGAGAAAUUGGGGAAUGUCACCAUGCCUAACAAAAUGCUCAAAGCGUCUCGUGAAGGUAAAGAGGCGAUGCUAGAGCAUUUGAAGGAGCAAUUGAAGGUAACAGAGGAUGCGCAAAUCAAAGGUGGUGAGCUGCUGCCGAAUGCGCACAAAGGGCAUGAGGCACUGGGGAAAUUCAUGGCGCAACUGCUUGCUACAGCAGGCUCUCAUGAGAAAAAAAUCCAGAUAUUGCAUUCUCCAUACGCAAGGACGCAACAGACUGCUGAACAGAUCUCGAAGGGCCUGAUGGAACACACAGGGCUGAAGAUCAACGUCGAACUUCAAUCUUGUGCUUUAUUUAAGGCUACCAAGCGAGCAUCCUCAACAUCAUCCCUGCCUCAUUUUCAAGAGGGAAAUGGAUCCAGGGAUGGUCUCAGGGAUGCACGUUGGUAGCUCUAAUUUAUUGGCGGAGACCCGAAAAGACGGCACGAACGAAUCUGCCUACGGGAAAACUACUGCCGAUUCCAUUGCCUCUAACUGGAAGAAUUCUAAGACACCUGAAGAACGUCGCUUGCGGUUUGAAAAAUGGAUUUCUGCGACUGAAGAUACAGUGGACUUAUUCAAAAAAAUUGGGCUCAAAUUCGAUCGCAAAGAUUUCUUGGGUUUUGAAAUGCAGGAUGACGUUGCAGUGAAUUUUAUGGCUAGUUUAUCACUAUAAUCCCAUGUGAGGUAUACUGAGUGGAGUCCCCUCUUUUGAUUUUUUAGACCGGAACGAAAGAAACUAACGGGGAAUAUAUGGGCAGCCCACCUCACCACGGAUAGUGAAAAACUAGCGUUAAGAAGUCUGGCGGAAAGUUGAUUUCGGACCUCAAAGCUGUGGCAAAAGUGGCUCAAGCCUUCUACAAUGAGCGCUGCGCGGUCCCUAGCUACACUGCUGCACUGAAGGAAGCCAAAGAUGAUGACGACAUGCCAGACUACGCCUGUUUGGCCCAUGCGAGUCAACAAAAGCUCUUGAACCAGGCUGCGCAACAAGAACAAGCUUCGUUAUGGUCAGCUUUUAUCCAUCUUUCUCAGCAUCUUGGUACUCUAACUCUUCUGCCCUGUAUUCUCAUGAAGUACAAGGUAAAAGGGGCCAAGAUGAGGGGACCAAGAGGGACAUUCGCUGAGUCUAACUUCUUUGGUUUUGGAACAAGAUGACGCGUCGAAGCCCAACCCGAAGCUCGGGCACGAGCGCUUCACAACGACGCCUUUCAACGUGAAUGAGCAGGAUUUGGAGAAGGACUUAGAUGAACGCAUCCAAAGAGGUUACUACGCGUCGGAGCAAUUUUUCGAACAAUUUCACACGGACGAAAACUUCAAGUUGAUCGGCGUCCCCUUUCUCAUUUUGCUAUUGCGUUCGUUGGAGAUCAACUGCAGCCGGCGUACUGAAGAUAACACUUCUUCUGGGAUAAAAAACUAUAUGAAUACGGAAACCGGCUGCGAAGGUUUGGAUCCCGCUACCUCCAGUUUGGCCGGGUCCUCCUUGCCUGCUGCAAAGAGGAACCUGGUUGCCUGUGUGUCUCAUGACGUUGUUGUAUCGUUUGUGCGUAAAGCGUUACAGAAGAGCUGGUCUCGCGCAGUGCCUUUGUAUCGUGAAAACUACUUUUAUACGGGGUGUGCUGUUUCGGACCCUGUGAACAAGGACCCCAAGAAACUGCGUCUUCCCGCUGGCGGUAUAGUAGGAGAAGCCGUGUACUGGAACCAGUUGCCCUACAGCGUUUCUAUCAUUCUCGAAGUGAAGGAUCAGAAAGUCACAUGCUACGCUCUCGUACCAACUCUGACGGAGACUCGGAACAAUUUCGAGACUCGAGAAGAACAAGGACAACAAUCUUCCGACGACAAGAAGACCACGGGUCCCUUGCUUCGCACGCCGAUUAAGGGGUGUGCGGACAUCCCCUUUGCAGCUUUUCGCAACGGUUUGGCGUCUGUGGUCUUGGAACAUUUGACCUCGCUGGAAGAGGCGGGGAAGCAGUUACCUGGAAUCGAAUUCGAAAAAGCAAAAAAAUGGCUGUUGAUGAGCAAGCAAGAAUGAUAGUACUAGGAAUAAUGGUAGUACCAGGAAUGAAAAUAACUCACAAUUAAAUAGGACGUUGAUCGUGCAGUUCCGGGACUUUCAAUUGCGUAGCAGGAGGAAGAGUAACCGUUGAUCGUUCAGUUCAUAUACAGUAGCAGGAGAUAGAGCGUUACUUCUACAGGAGACUGAUCGUAAGAAGGAAAUAGAAGUAACGAUCAACGGUAGCAGGAGACUGAUCGUUCUGUAGCAGGAGAUAGAGUAACCGUAUAAUAAAAAUAACUCACUCAGUGAAGAAUAACGUUGAUCGUGCAGUUCCGAGGGUUUCAAUUGCGUAGCAGGAGGCAGAGAAAAGAUCCGCUGCUGAACACAGCAACGAAUGCGUAGUCGAGGCGAUCUCUCAGAAGGAAUUACCUCUCAUAUUUAUAUAGACUUAACAAAGAGAUGUUGGCUGGAUAAGUAUAAAUAUUCAUAUAUAGACUUACAAAGAGAUGUUGGCAUUGGCUGGAUAAGUAUAAUCAUGCUCGUCAAAAAAACACAUACGAGAUCAUCUCUCAUGUCCACGACUGGCGG